AUGGCUUCCAAGUCCUUCGCCGCUCGCCUCAUCCAGGCCAUUGCCCGCCCCAGUGUCUCGCCUUUGGCUCGACCUGUCGUCCACAAGACAUCCAUUGCCCGACCGGCCUUUGUUCCGGCGCGUUUCUUCCGUCACACACCAGCGGCCCUUGGUCAGAGACAACACAAAGGUCGUUCUGAACCUGACACCCAGGUCAAACGUGCCCAUUGUCUCAAGAGCAAGCUGCUUUCCGCCAAGCAUACGGCUAGAUCCGAUGGCCGUAAUGUUCAGUCGGCAUUGCCCGCCUUUUCAUUAGAUGGAUACGUCGGGAUUGCCACGGGCAAAGUCCCAGAUCAUGGACUUGCCAUGAACCACAAAACAGUGGCGUCAGGUGCUCAGUCAGCUCUGGCAAACAUGAUCACCAAACAUCAAGAACGUGCAACAAUCAAAACCCUGAUCCCUAAGAACACCGUUUCGCAAAAGACCAGCAUGCACCGUUCAACAUCACAACCGCUACCAAAGACGACAUUUUCAACCGCCAGCCCAAAAUCACGGCCCAUGGCUGCAAUGUCUCGGAUUCUACCUCAGUGGAUGCUUGCAAUACAGAAGCUACUACAGCACAUAGCAAGAUGGACAGCCUCGUUACGUCGACUGGCUUCACGGAAAGCAUCGAGAUCGACAACAACCCCGUUCACCACUUAUGAGAGAUCCCAAAUGGUAAAGUCAAAGACUCAGACUGCGUCGCGGCCGCCUUGGCCAGACAUUUCUUCAUUCACAACAUUCCCGGCCGCGAAAUACCUGCUUGAAGCUUGCCGGGCUCCAUUAUCAACAUUCCGAAGCAACAAGCUCCCCACUGUGCCUCCCAGACAGUUGUCGGGGGCGUUGCCUCGCCCUUGGCCGUUGAGCCCAUAUUCAUAA